AUGGAUCUUGUAGUGAACCAUACAAUGGAGGAGAGCAAGGCCGGCCCUGAGGAUGCUCGAAGCAGUGAAGUGUUGAGUCCAGAUCAUGAGAAGGAUGCUCGAAGCAGUGAAGUGUUGACUCCAGAUCAUGAGAAGGAUGCUCGAAGCAGUGAACUGUUGACUCCAGAUCAUGAGAAGGAUGCUCGAAGCAGUGAAGUGUUGACUGAUCCAGAUAAUCAGAAGGUGCAUGACACUACUGGGUCCAUUUUGCCGCAGUCUUCUGAUGCUUCUUCAAGGAGUGCACUCGCCGAGCAACAAUCUCAGAUUACUGUACCAAACAAGAAUGCUGCCAGGGAUCCCGCUGUGCAGUCUUCUGCUGAUUCCUCUUCAAGCAAUGCACUCGCCGAGCAACACUCCCAAAUUACAGUACCGAACAAGGAUGCUGCUGGGGUUCCUGAUGUGCAGUCUUCUGCUGAUUCCUCUUCAAGCAAUGCACUGGCCGAGAAACACUCCCAAAUUACAGUACUAAAGAAGGAUGCUGCUGGGGUUCCUGAUGUGCAGUCUUCUGCUGAUUCCUCUUCAAGCAGUGCACUCGCCGAGCAACAAUCCCAAAUUGCAGUACCAAGCAAGGAUGCUGCUGGGGUUCCUGAUGUGCAGUCUUCUGCUGCUUCCUCUUCAAGCAGUUCCCUCACCGAGCAACACUCCCAAAUUACAGUACCAAACAAUGGUGCUGCCGGGGAUCUUGCUGUGCAGUCUUCUUCUUCUUCAACGAGUGUGCGACCAAACAAAUUCCCUGACAUGAUGGCGGUUCAGAUGGGAUUGCUCCGUGCACUUUUUGAUCCAGACCAGGAGGUUGCCUCCAAAGUCUUCCAUCAGUCUCCUGACGCUGUGAAGAAUCACUAUGCUCGCGAUGUCGAGCUCGCGUAUACUGUCGGCCGAGUGGACCCUAUUUUCAAUCUUGCCAGUGGACUGGAGAGCAGGGAUUCAGUGUUUGGCUCCCUUCUUCACCGGAUCAAGUUUCCAGGGGAGCAGCCUAUCCGUAUCAUUAAUCUCAAGGGCCAAGUGCCUGCUCUCAGUGUCCAUCCAGUGGGAAGCCGUUUUAUAACCAAAAAGCUUGACAUCGCAACUACUGGGGAAAUAGUGCUGCUGUAUAAUGAAAUUACGCCUGAAGUGCCCAGACUGGUCUACAAUGUGUUUGCCAAUUCUGCUAUCAUGAAGCUUCUUGACCAUGGACCAGAACCCUACAGAAACAGGCUGGUCCGCAAUCUUAUCGGGCAUGUGUUAGCCCUAAGCGUUCAUCAGUAUGGUCAUCUAGUAAUCGAAAAGGCAUUUGAAAUAGGCCACAUUGACCAUCAGAUAGAGAUCGCCAAGGAGCUUAAUACGAACCUGCAGAGAUGUGUCCGUGACCAACAUGGGAACCAUGUAGUCCAGAAAUGCAUGGAGUGUGUGCCCGAACAGUAUAUCCAUUUCAUCUACAGAAGUAUACGUGGGAAGGCCAAGACGAUAGCCUCUCAUCAGUACGGAUGUCGUAUCAUUCAGAAAGUGCUGGACUUUUGUAAGGACCCGCCGCUUCUGUAUCCUAUUGCCGCGGAGAUUGUGGAGAACGUCGACGAGCUGUCGGCGGACAAAUUUGGCACCUACGUCGUGCAGCACAUGGUGCAGAAUGGAGGGCCUAGUGACCGACAAACCAUCCUGAUGAAAUUUGUGGGGCGCUUUGUGGAGCUGAGCCACCAGAAAUACUCUGCAAAUGUUAUCGAGAAGCUCCUGAUGUACGGCAGCUACCAGGACCGCAAGAUCAUCAUCACUGAGUUCCUGUGCGCUGGGGAUGGACAGACUGCAGAUCAUCUCGUGAGUAUGAUGAUCCAUGAGACUGCAACCUACGUGGUGCAGAAGAUGAUAGACGCGGCAGAUGAAUGGGAGUUCAGCGUGUUCGCGGAGGCGGUGAGGCGCAACGCCGACACGCUGAACAAGAACGCCCUCGGGAAACGCCUGGUGACGCAUGUCAACAAUCUCCUCAAGAGGACGCCGACUUUCUUCGCAGCACCGCCGCCGCCGCCUCCUCCUCAGCCGCACUUUGGCUAAGCUGCCUCUGCCUCUGCCUGUUACCUGUCUAUGUUACCUUUUGUGCCUUCCUGUGAUGAGGCUGUGACUUGGAACCUCUAUGUCAGCAAUUUCUAGUACUGUGAAGUCUGUUGUGUCGGCCGGUGGUACUGUUAACUUUUCAGGCCUGUGGACUAUCUACAAUUUCGUCAGAACUCAAUGCAUCAUCAGAUAAUUUUUCA